AUGGCGGACAGAGAAGAGCAGCACCACCAGCACAUAGUGAUGCUGUCGUUCAUGGCGCAAGGCCACCUAAUCCCAUUCCUAGCACUAGCCAACCAAAUCCACCGCCGAUUCGGCUUCACAAUCACCAUCGCCACCACUCCACUCAACGUCCGCCACCUUGCCGGCGUCGUAGCCAAAAAUCCUACACCAAGCUCUGGCAUCCACUUAUUCGAGCUCCCGCUCAACACCUCCGACCACGGCCUCCCGCCAAACGCCGAGAACACAGAAUCCCUCCCCUUAAACCUAGUCGUUAACCUCUUCCAUUCCUCAACCUCCCUCGAACCACCGUUCCGUGCCCUAAUUCAGAACAUCACCGCCGAUCAAAACGGCACCGCCGCAUACGUAUCCCUAUGGCAGCACCUCCCCCACCACCGCCGUACUGCCGACGACGAGUUCAACCUCCCUGGAUUCCCCGAUUCAUGCGUGUUCCAUAUCACUCAGCUCCACUCUUUCCUCAGAGCUGCAGACGGAACAGAUUCCUGGUCCAGAUUCUUCCAGCCACAGAUCGAAAACUCCAUGAAUUCCUUCGGCUAG